AUGCUUUGGGAUUCUAAAAUAGUUAAAGAAGAAUCAUCAAUGAUGUUUGGUAAUAUGAAUCACGGUGAACAAUUUCAAUCGGCAACAACAGCAGAUAAAUUAUUUCUCGAUAGAUAUCAAGCUGAUUUACAAUCCAUGGUAGAUUCUUACAUUACAUCUGUUGAUAGCCUAUCAUCCAUAAGACCAUCAUCCAUCAAAACACGACGCAUUAUAUCGCCACUAAAAUAUCAACGUCAUGUGAACGCGAAUUCAUCAUCAUCAUUAGUGACAUUUGAUCGUGAUCCAGCAUCAACAAUAACAACCGAACAUUUAACCGAUGAACUUCGUUGGUUAUUGAUUCAAUAUGGGCCACAUCAACCACGUGAUGAUGAAGAUAAAUUUCUAGCAAGUGCAACAUCAACAAAUAAUCGCAGAGGAACAAUACGUUUUCGUUCUAAAUGGUUCGAUGAUCCACGCUUUUCAGAUUGGCUUGAAUAUUCAUUAUCAGCUGGUCGUGCUUAUUGUUUUUAUUGUCGUUUAUUUGCUGAGUCAAAUCGAAAUCGAGCAUUCUCACGUGAUGGUAUAAAAAAUUGGCGUAAAUGUUUAGGAUCUCGUGGUCAAAUAAAACGACGUUCAACAGGAGCAUCGAUGAGACCUGAUGAGAAUUUAGUCAUAUCUCAAAGACGUGGCCUAUUAGAAUCUCAUGCUAUGUCUGAAGCACAUAAACAAGCCUAUAACAAAUACCUUGCAUUUGUUGAUCAAAUGAAUUUUGUUACAGAACCAAGUGAAAGCAAACAAUCUGGUGAUUCAAUACAUCAAAUAAAUCACGGUGAAGAAACGAACCAAGAGACCAAUAUGUGA